AUUGUUUAUCACGCCCCCAUUCGCAACACGUUGUGAUUACAGCUGGCUAACGUUAGCUAAGGAAGGAUCAGACCUUUUUACAUGGAAACUUAAAGCAGUCAUCAGCUCCUAACGAGGUAACAUUAACAGCGUGACUAGUCUUCUCCAAAGUAGAGGAGGUCAUAGUCUGUGUGGAAAGCAGGUAAGCAGCUGCAGUCAUAUAAGAACCCAAGGAAAGGGGUUUUUUACUCUUGAGAGGGAGAGAGAAGGGGCUGCAGAUGGCUGGCUUCCUGGAUAACUUCCGCUGGCCAGCAUGUGAAUGCAUCGACUGGGGAGAGAGGAGGAAUGCUGUGGCCUCUGUUGUUGCAGGAGUUCUGUUUUUCACAGGUUGGUGGAUCAUGAUUGAUGCAGCUGUGAUCUACCCAUUAACCGAACAGUUGAACCACGCCUUCCACACCUGUGGAGUCUUCUCCACCAUAGCAUUCUUCAUGAUCAAUGCUGUGUCCAAUGGUCAAGUCAGAGGAGACGCAUAUGGAGAGGGCUGCCUCGGACGGACAGCAGGAGCUCGCCUGUGGCUCUUCAUUGGUUUCAUGAUGAUGUUCGGCUCUCUCAUCGCCUCCAUCUGGAUCCUGUUUGGUGCCUAUGUCGUUCCAAAGAAGGAAGUGGCUCCAGGUUUGGCUGUCUUCUUUCAGAAUGCCUUCAUCUUUUUCAGCACUCUGGUCUACAAGUUUGGCCGGACUGAAGAUUUAUGGGGUUAGAGCAGCACUGCUCUGUCAUAGCAAUCCACACACCCUCUGCCUAUUAAGAUGUUUUGUAACCUGCUGUUUUUAAUUAGAAACCAACAAAUCCUGUGCCCCCCCACCCCCCACAGACACACACAUACGCAUGUACACACAUUAAGAUGUGUGUGCCUGUGUAAGCACAGGCACACACAAUAGGGUAUAGAACAUAUUUUGUAAUCAGAAUCAGAAUACUUUAUUCAUCCCCAAGGGGAAAUUGGGUUCUAUUACAGACACUCACGCUCUAAUAACUAAAAACUAACAAGAUACAAGAUAAGAAAAUGGAAACAAAUAGAAAUGAGAAAAACAGAAACAAAUAGAAAUAAAAGAUAAAAUAAGAAAUAGAAACAAAAUAUAUCAACAAGAUAUAGUUAAACAACUGCACAAUGUAAUUUGCUGUUUUUAAAUGGAAACCUAUUAAAUCACACACACGUACACAAACAGCUUUAUGAAAUGUUUUUUAAAUCUGCUGUUUAUGAAUAGAAUCCUGUCACUUAACUCCCCGUCACAACACACACACACACACACCACACGUGCACACAAACACACAGAUAUAUAGGCAUUAACAGUCAUGCUGACAAUGUCGCCCAGCAUGUAUUGGUGCUCAUUUUGCUGCAUCUCCUUUUGUCCUUUCUGAUAAGAUUUUUUUUUUCCUCAGUCGAGGGACUCUGCUCAGAGACAAGUAACUGUAUUAUUUCUAAUUAUGAGUCAAACUGCUGUUAUUUUGUUGCUCUACAUCAGCUAGAUUCCCUUCUAGCCUUUUGGACCAGCCAUAAAUGUGUGCAACAUCUGCGUACUGUUUUGCUAUAAAGUGCUAAUAAGAUUUUCCUCUGGAAAUCAUUUUAACUUAUUUAAACUCAUGUCUGUUUUGAUUGAGGGAAUUCCUUUUUUGUAGCAGUGAAAUGGGGAGCCUGUCAGCUCAAUGCCAUUUCACCUUCAAUACAUUUCAAUUUUUUUUGUUCAUUAUUUCUGUGCUGUACAGAUCCCCAUGGAUCAUGAUGAUACACUGUAUUACGUCGCAAAGAGAAAUUAUUAUUUUGUUGGCACUUGGAUGGCGCACCACACUGCUGGGCUAGCAUCCCAACACUAACGUUCCUGUUUGAAUCCCGGUGUUGCCUCUGGCUUGGCCUGGCAUUGAAGGGAGUGCAAUUGCCAGCCCUCCCUGGGGGGGGGAGCUGGCAGGAGUAUUCUCUCACCAUUGCAGCUAAUCACUCCUACGGGUGUCUUCUCCUGGAGAAACCUGCAGAUGAAAAGAAGCGGUUGGCCGGCUCCACAUAUAUCGAUGCACAUGCAUGGACGUUUUUGGACCUCCCCAACUACUAUAGUGGUUGGGCAAUGGCCAACCCAGGAGAAUUGGACAUGCCAAAUUUGGAAAUGCACUGCGGUCUCCCUCAACCAGGAAAAGGGCGAAUAGGGACAUGCCAAACUGGGGAAAAAAAGCCUGUGCUUGUUAUUUUGUAGAUCCUGAUGACCUGCCCCAUAGUUGUGUAUUUUCUCCCUGACCUUUACAUGAUUUCUUAUAAGUGGAGUAAUUUAUUUGUGUAAAUACAAUUCAAAGUGAAUAGAAGUCCUGAAGCACAGGCUGUACAGUGGAACCCUUUUCAGCUUCUGAACUUUAGCUGUUUUAUAUUUGUGUUUAACUGGAAUAAAAAUCUUAAAGAUAAGGGUUAGGUAAAAAAUUUCAUAUGUAUUUCAGCCAGUUUCCCGUUUCUAGAUGGAUCACUGUCGUUCUGCCUCAGGAUCAUGCAAACUUGUACUUCUGUCUUUUGUUUGGAGCUUUUAGUGUUAGUUUUUCUUGUUUGUCCAUUGUUUCUACCAGAGAAGGGACAAAAAUCUUUUGAAACCAAACAUUGUUAUUAAGAGAUGGUUAGUGCUCUUUCAUAUUUCAUAAUGAGCAAAUCCCAUGAUUCUGUUUUAUAGACAGUAAAAAAAAGGAGUUUUGAAGUACCGGGUGUUAAUAUCUGGUCUUAGUAACAAAGUCUGUUGUGGCAUCUUUAAAUAUGUGAAUGGCAGCAGUUUCAGUUUAAUAAGACUCAAUAGUUGGACCACUGGCAUUGGCCUAAGGCAACAAUUGAAAAUCAUAAAGGUAAAAAAGAUGGUACACGGUAUUUAGGCUGGCGAACACCAAGGGCAGUUCUAACACACCCUUAAUGAUAUAGCUGCUCAAGGCUGGUCUAAUUGGAGGCAGUUUGAGGGUGAUUCAAAGGAGGAUGGCAAUCUGCUCGCUAAGAACAAUUAUUCAAAAUUCACCCAUUAGUUAUUGAUUUUGGCCAGUAGUUACAGUAGAUUUAUCGUAGUUAUAAAAAAAAAUAGUGAUAGAUGUUCUCCUCUUCAUCUCACUGGACUGAGACACUGACACUUUAAUGUUCACUGAGAUUAAAAGCAGACUAUUUUGUAUCAAUUGCGGUGUCAAGGUUUUUUCUACUGUAAUUGGCCCUGGUCAGAUAAUCCUGCUUUGUGUUUGAAAGAAGGAAUGCAUUUUCAAAGCAUUAUAAGAGGAUGUGGGGAAGAAGACUGCUGUGAACUCAGUUUAAACCUUUGCAUUACUCUGUCUGGUGUUGACUUAAAUGCUCCAGUUUACAACCCAGUCCCAAGUGCCAGUGUCUGACUUACUUGCAGUGAGAAACAGCUUCACUAGGCCCUGCUAGUAGGCUCUUGCCUACCACAAAGAGAACGAGAUGAAAGACCAACAGAAUUUUAAAUGAUGGAUUUUUUUGUGUGGACUUCUUCAUUCAUUCCUCAGAAGAAACAGCUAUGCUAACAGCCAAUGCACAGAUAUGGGGAGUAUCUCACAAAGCAGGAUUGGCAAAUUAGGCCAAUAACUUCCUGAUAAAAAUCAUUUGCAAUUGCUUCCUCAAUUAUUUCCUUUGCUAACAGUAAGAAACAUGCAUGUCUAAAUCAUACCCCCAAACCUCAAUUUGAAGUUUAAUUUCAUACAUUCAAAUCUGUAUACCAUGAUAUAUUUGCAUCCGUAUCUAGCUAAAUUGCUGUUCCUGCUUUGUGUAAUACUCCACUGGCCAACCUGGGUGUGAAUGAGGUUGUCUUGAGCUGUUGAAAAAGUCUGACAGACACAUUUGCAGGGGCUCAUUGUAGAUAAAAGGGAAGUAGCUCAGUUCAUGAGAUGUUUGAUUUUAAACCGUUUUGUAGUUUCACCUGUCCUUAAACAUACUGCUCUCACAUUGUACUGUUUGUACAUUAGCUGAUGUUGAAAUAUUGACCACCCGUUAUUUAAUCGACUGCAAUUAAAUAAGAAUAUCUCAAUGGUUCCCACUUGGGGUGUACUUUUUUUCAAAUAGGCAAAGAACUGAAAGGUAUAAAUUUGUUAUUGCAUAGGGGCCGCAUAAAUUGACUGAAGAAAGCCGCGGAUAUCCAGUUUGAUUAAUAGCAUGGGGCAGAUGCAUGUCUGUACUGUUUGGUGCAUAUGUAUAUGGAUGUUAAUCACACACUACAUAAAAAUGAAAAUGCAGAACUUAAACAUGAAUUGUUUGUACCAGAUGUGUGAAGGGCUGG